AUGCACAUUUCUUUGCACGAUAAAUUCGUCAUUAUCUUCGCCUAUUCAAUCGCUUUUGUCGCGUGCACACAGCAAGGAAAAGAGGAAAAAAAGAAUAAAUAUAUCACGCGCUUCUACUUAAGCGCUUUGAUGAUGCCAACCACCACCGCGAUGUACAGUCAUUCCAGAACAAUUACGAUGAUCAUCGCGAGUAGUAGCAGUAGUAGUAGUCAUAGUAGUCUCAAAAGUCGCGAGGUGAAUCGUCGUCGUCUCAAAAGUCGCGCGUGUUUUGGAAACAUCGAUGCGAUAACGAACUCGGAUUUGGACUUCUUCGCCGCUCGGCGGAGGAAUACGACUACGACUCCUACGACUCCUAUGACUCAAAUGAGAAGCAGAGCGAGAAAAUCAUUGCCAAUGGUUUUAACGCGAAGUACAUCGAGAGAUGAAGACGAACCGCCGUAUUUUGAUCGACCAACGGCGUUUCCUAAAACGGAGAAUUCAGGCGACGUGGCUUUCGGUGGCGAAGGAUCUUCGUCGGACAGCGCGUCGUCGUCGACCUCGAGUUUAGGCGGCGAAAUGGAAAGAACGUUCGUGGGCGUGCCGAUGACUCGCGUGACCAUGGUAUUGUCCAACGCUUUACCGGUCAUGGGUGGGAUGGUUUCUCAAAACGUCUUGAACUUGGUGGACGCGGCUAUGAUUGCUCGACUCGGCACCGUCGCCGUGGCGGCGGUCGGGUUAGGAUCGACCGCGAAUUUUCAGUGUCAAGCGUUGCUGCAAGGCGUUUCCAGUGCAGUGCAAGCGAUUGCGGCGAGAAGUUACGGGAAGUCUAUGACGGAUGUGGCGUUCGCGGAGAAGAAGGAAAUCGCGAGACCGUUGAACGCGGCGAUUGUUAUCGUAUUGUUCUUUGGGUUUCCUUUGGCGUGGUGGUGUUAUCACAACUGCGCGUGGUUCGUGCCGACGUAUUACGCCAGUCGAGAUGCGGCCGUGGCGUCGGCAACGGUGCCGUAUUUACGAGCGCGGUUACUCGCCGUACCUGCGGUUGGGAUUAACUUUGCGUUUAGAGGAUUUUGGAACGCCAUUCAGCAACCGCAGGUGUACAUGAAUACGUUGGUCGUGAUGCACAUAACAAAUAUCACGGUAUCGUUUAUGCUCAUCUGGGGGGUACCUGCACUUGGAGUACCGAAAUUGGGAGUCGCUGGUGCUGGAUUAGGGACCGCGUUUAGCGUCUGGGUUGGAACGGCGAUGUACAUUUAUCAAGGCUUCAAAAGAGCGAAAAAAUAUGGGUUUGGGUUUUCCUUGCGAAGGAGAGAAGGCGGCGCAGAAUUGGACGAGGAGUUUAGUUCGUUCCCGACGAAAGAAGAAAUCAUGCUGUUGAUUAAACAAGCGCUGCCGACAGGAAUUACUAACGUUUUAUACGCCUCGGCGAUGGUGUUCAUGUACGCGAUUGUUGGCGCCAUAAGCACCACGUCCGUGGCGGCGGUGAACGUGUUGAUUAACCUCAUGUUGGUUUUAGUUUUGCCGUGCAUGGGUAUGGGGUUAGCCGCUGGUGCGUUGUCUGGACGGGCUUUAGGCGCAGGCGACGUGGAGGAUGCGAAGCAAUGGCCGUGGGAUGUAUCUAAAAUCACCGCGGCGGGCAUGUCUAUCUUUGGUUUACUCAUCGCGCUCUUCCCUCAACCGAUUUUGUCCGUCUUUUUAACCGACCCGGAAGCUAUCCGAGUCGCGACGAUGCCGCUACGACUGACUGGUUUGACCGCGUGCGGUGAUGCGGUAUCGUUGACCAUGCAAAACGCGUUGUUAGGUGUUGGCGACGUGAAAACCGUCGCUUUAGUUUCUAUCCUCGCCCAAUGGGCGGUGUUUUUACCCAUUGCCUGGUUUAGCGUACACAAGCUCAACCAAGGCUUGUUUUGCGUCUGGGCGAUUUACGUCUUGUACAGAGUUGGCGUCGGGAUGGUGUACGCGUGGUUGUGGAAGCGAGGGAAAUGGUUAGACGCUUUGAAUGUUUAG